AAAUUCGAAUAACUCUCUCUCUCUCUCUCUCUCACUCGCUUUCUCUCUCUAAAAGGAAAACCCUAACUUUCUCUCUCCAAACAAAUUUUCCGCUUUCUCUCUCUUCGAUUCGUGUGGUUCUGGGCCUUCAAUGGUGUGAGAUUAGGGCUAGAGCUGCGAGAUUGUCAAGGAUCUAGAGCAAAGAAACAGGUGAGGGGAGGAAAAUGGCGUCGGCAGAGAAAGAGCUCGAGGCACAGCUUACGGAAGCUGGGAAUCAGCUCUUGGAACCUCCGUCUUCCGUCGACGACCUCCUUGAUGUUCUUGACAGAGUUGAGAAUUGUCUGUCGAAGGUAGAACAGUCACCUACAAAGUCAAUGCAAACUGCGCUUUCUCCAUCACAGAAUGCAUUGGUUGCUGAGGAACUUUUCAGGCAUCCAAAUCCCGAUGUCAAAGUUGGUGUUGCAGCUUGCAUCAGUGAGAUAACAAGAAUAACUGCACCUGAUGCACCUUAUGAUGAUGAGCAAAUGAAGGAAGUCUUUCAUCUUAUUGUAUCUUCCUUUGAAAAUCUACAUGACAAGUCUAGCCGAUCAUACGCAAAGAGGGCUUCGAUUCUUGAAACUGUUGCGAAGGUCAGAUCGUGUGUGGUGAUGUUGGAUCUUGAAUGUGAUGCAUUGAUCGUUGAAAUGUUCCAGCAUUUCCUUAAGGCAAUAAGGGAUUAUCACCCAGAGAAUGUUUUCUCAUCCAUGGAGACUAUUAUGACUCUUGUUUUAGAAGAAAGUGAAGAAGUUUCUGCUGAGCUACUAUCUCCCUUAUUAGCUAGUGUGAAAAACGACAAUGAGGAUAUUCUACCAAUUGGACGAAAGUUGGGGGAGAGAGUACUUGAAAGCUGUGCCACUAAACUUAAGGAUGACCUGGUAAAAGAAGUAAAAAGCUUGGGCAUUGUUUUUGAUGAUUAUAGUAAAGUUGUAGCCUCGAUCUGCCAAGAGGCAAGUGAUGAUGCUGAGCAGAAUGAAGGCCGUGAUGCUGAUGGAAAUGUGGCUGCCGAGGAGAAAUCAGCAAUUAGGGAAUCUUCCGAUGAGGCAGCCCAGGUAGAUAAAGAAAAGGCAGAAGCGCCAGUUUCUCCUGAACGAAUUGAUCCAGCUGUUGACAGAUCUUCAAAGUUAGUUGUGAACAAUGGUAAUGCAGAGACUGGCGAAGAUGAUUCUGUAGCUGAGUCGAAUGCCUUGAAGAAGGAAGAGGAGGGCGACAAUACCGAGGAUCAGAAAGAUCCAAACGCAUCAAGCAAUGGUGAACCUGAUAGUUUGGAGACUGAGAAAGCUGCUGAUGCAGAACAAAUUCCAGAAAAAGCUACCAAAGAAGGAGCAGGGAAUUCUGAUUUGUCAACAAAAUCAACACAACCUUCAGAAAAUUGUCAAGCUGAUAAUGAGGAGGAUACUGAGACACAGCCAGAACAUAAGAGUAAAACAGAAGAUGUUCCCAGCUCACCUCAUGAGGAUCCUUCUGUGGAGGCAGCUGUGCAAUCGGAGAAUGAGAAAGUAUCUGAUGUUAACCUCUCUUCAAAGCUAUUGGAAAAGGAACCUGCUGGUGUUGCUUCUCCAUCCCCAAGUGAGAGCCUUCCUGAUGUAAGUCGCUCCAAAAAGGCUGGAAGGAAUAAGAAGAAAGAUAGUUCUAAUAAGGGGGCUGCACAAUUUGCAGAUGAUGAACACCAAAAGGUUACUGAUGGAACCAGUGAUUCAGAAUUAAAAACAAGUAGACGCUCUGGGAAAAAGGCGUCUGCUGGGGUUUCUAAUGAGAAUAAAAGUCCAACUGUGAUGGAGACAUCUAGAAAGGAAAGUGCCACCACAAGCGAUUCAGAGGCAAAACAGAAGUCAGCUAAGAAGGUAGAUGGGAGCACUAAAACUAGGGAUGGGUCUCCUAUAAAGCAAGCAGUAGAUAAGAGAAAGCGGGGUCGUGGAAAAGUUACCCCGGCAAAGGCUGCAACAAAAUCUUCAGCUAAGGAUGAUGACAAAGAGAUGUUGUCAACACCAAAGUCAGCCCCAAAAUUAACUAAGGAUGAAUCUCCCCUGGAGGAGACCCCUAAGACCAAUUCAAAGAGGAAGCGUGCUUCAGGAAAAGAGAAGGAAUCUGGUGACAAAGAUCAUGGUGAGGAGAUGGUUGGAUCAAAGAUUAAAGUUUGGUGGCCAAAAGAUCGUACGUUUUAUGAAGGUGUUGUCACAUACUUUGAUUCUGCUAAAAAGAAGCAUAAGGUAUCAUAUACUGAUGGUGAUGUUGAAACACUAAAUCUUAAAAAAGAGAGGUGGGAGUUUGUAGCAGAUGACCCUGACUCGGAUGAGGAGCAAGGUACUGAUCAAUUGAGUCAUGAUGCUUCUUCUGACGUGCCUUUGAAGAAGAAGGUGAAAAAAACUCCUGAUGACUCAACUAAGAAGGAAAAGAUGGACACUUCGCCCAAAUUGGGUGGAGGAGCUUCCUCCAGCAAAUCGAAAGGUGCAACAGCUAAGUUUGGAUCGCAAAUCGAAAGAAAGCAGUAAAGCUGAUAGCAAAUCCAAAGGUGGUUCUGGAAAAUCAGAUGAUGAACGUAUUGGAAAAUUAAAGGAUCACACUCCAAAAAGUAGUGGUAAAUCGGUUGAUGUUGCUCAGAAGACAUCCAGUAAAUCGAAGAACAAUGAUACCCAGACGCCUAAAAGCACCAAAUCCAAGGAAGAUGACAGCACCGCACAAAAAGCUUCCACCAAGUCCAAGCAAGACACACAGAAGGCUGGGAAGUCAAAUCAGAGCACAUUAAAGACUGCCUCCGUUUCCAAAGGUAAAUCGUCUGCUAGCAGCGGGAAAGCAAACGCCAACGGUACAGGCAAGGCAAAAGCAGCUUCAAAACCGACUAAAGAAGAUGAGGAUAUGAAGGAAGCCUCAAGUGAUUCUGAGAAAGCGCCAGAAAGCACACCAAAGGGGAAGUCCCCAACUUUAGCCAAGGUACUUGCAAGCGAGACCAAGUCUGGUAAGAAGCGGCGAAGAGGAAGCAAAAGUUAAUCGUCUAGUCUCGCCUGUGACUGUGAGUUAGUUUUUCCAUCAUUAUUGGAAUGAUUCCCAGAUUUGUGGCUAGAAUUGUUAUAUUUGCGUUCGAUAGGGGUAACGUAGUUUUCUGUUUAUGUCGAUGUUCUAGACGGAAUUAAUGGCAGACGGUAGAGAAACGUUCGAGCUAGUUCCAUUUCAUCUUCCUCUACUGACCGUCUCAUCUUUUAAUCGCUUUUUUAAGCUUCCGUUGGCGAGCUCCAGCCUCCAUUGCUGGUCAGAGUUUGAUGUUGGUCUGAGAUUUUGUGGUUUUAUUUGUAAAUUAUGAUGGCCAAUCCAAUUCGCCUAGUAGUAUUCGUCGGAUGUUGGUUUA